GUGUUUUUCUACAUCUGCAAAAAUACUUCAACAAAAAUUUCUACUAUCUCAAAAUAAGAUUGUCAGCUUUGCAAAAAAAGAUUGAAAACCACCCCAAGACACAUACCGCCCUGCAAAUCUAAGUACCAACACAAGAGUUAAAAAAAAUGGUAGAUGCCAUGAACACUCAAAGGGAUACCAAGACCCCUGAUCGUUUGCUAAUUGUUGUGUACUUAGCUUUAGAUCAUUCCACCAAUAACCUUCAUUUUUUAAUGAAAAUUUUAAAAUUGGAUUGGUGGAGAUAAUUUUCCAGUGCAAGUUACUUUUAUCUCCACAAAGCCAUCUUAUUGAACGUUCAUUAGAUGCCCAGUCUCCUAUGCCUUGGAUAUUGCGGGGGGGCGGGGAGAUCUGAUUCUGAUAUGGUAGGACUAUGCAUCAUGUUAUAACUUAAGAUCAAAAGAAGCCUGAUAGCAUCAUGUACAUUUCUUUAUAUCUCUUUCUUCCCUUAGAAAUUUGUGGCGAUGAUGUACAUGUAGCUCCAACUGAAAAUCCUGAAAUUGUUUCUAAUGGAAAAAGGCAAUGGCUGCUGCUUCUCUAGUGUAUCUUCAUCUGCUAUUCUUUCAAGUGUCGCAUUUGUUGUCAUCUUAAUCUUUGUUCGCGUCCUUUAUGUCAUAUAUUGUAGCGGAAGGCCCUUGAACAAAAGAUCAUCAAAACCUGUUAGUACCCUUAUUAUUUUAGGAUCAGGUGGUCAUACUGCCGAGAUGCUUAAUCUAUUGGCAAUGUUACAGAAAGAUAGGUUUUAUCCGAGAUUCUACAUUGCUGCUGCUACUGAUAAUAUGAGUCUUCAAAAAGCUUUGUUGUUGGAGAACUCCCUGGCAUCUGAGACCGGAACAGUCGUUGCCGAAACUGCACAGUUCAUGAAGGUUUAUCGAAGUAGGGAAGUUGGUCAAUCAUAUAUAACCUCAGUUUGGACUACUUUAAUUGCGACCGUGCAUGCACUAUGGCUGAUGAUUAAAAUUAGACCUGAAGUGAUACUUUGCAAUGGACCUGGAACUUGCAUUCCCCUCUGUGUUAUUGCAUUUAUAUUUAAGGUGCUUGGAAUCAGAUGGUCAUCAAUUUUCUACGUUGAAAGUAUUGCGAGAGUGAGAAGGCUUUCCUUGAGUGGCUUGCUCCUAUACAAGUUGUGGAUGGCUGAUCAACUUUUCGUUCAAUGGCCACAGUUAAAACAACAAUAUCCCCGAGCUACCUAUGUUGGUAGACUCAUGUAAUCAAUUGAUUCCUUUGAGUUUUGAUAUCAGGUAAGAUAAAUUUGUAUUCUGCAAUCAAAGAACUUCAAAUUUUGCUUAUGAUAUUGCUAUAAAGCAAGCUAGUCAAUGCUUUGUUUUAUUGCAUAAGUUCUGGUAAGUGAACUUUUUUUAGUCGUCUUUCAUUUUCAAUUUUUUUGUGAAAUAGUCUAGUUGCUAGACUCAUACACCUUACUACCCUAGGUGUGAAGAAAUGAGAAAUCUUGAGUUUGAACUCAGAUCCCGAACAUAUCAAUGUCCUUGCAGCUAUGAGCUACCAACUGAACCAUAAUUACGAGACUUUUUAUUUUCAAUUUUAUUCUUCUGUUUGUUUAACUACAAAGCAACAGACCAUCACAUUAAAUGAAUGUUAUUCUUUGUUCCUCAAAAAUAAAGGAAGAUGUGAUUGAGAUUAUUCGUACUAUGUUGGUUGAAACACAUACCAUUAGUUUGUCAGAAGUGAAAGCUUUU